AUGCAAUACACGCCGCUUAACACUAGUAGGGCCAAGGUGUUGGAGCAGGCGUUAGCCACGGAAGUACUAGCUGUUCCUCGAAGAGCUAUGACCCCGCCUCACGCCGACACAUCCAAGACGUGUCAAUUCCACCGGAAUAUAGGACACACUACUGAAGAGUGCUCUGCCCUUCGGGUUCGUAUUGAGGAUCUCGUUAAAGCCGGACAUCUCCAAAAUUUUGUUCGAGGAGAUAACAGGAGAAACAAUUAUCGUACUGGCAGGGAGGAGGGCCGAAGGGAGAAUCGAGAGCGAGCACCCCACAGGAACCGAUCCCGUGAACGCAGCAGGUCUCAAGAAAGAAGUAGUCAACAGCGAGACCGAAACCAACCCAGGCGAGUGAUAAACACCAUUGCGGGAGGCUUCGCAGGAGGAGGGAGUUCUUCGUCGGCCCGAAAAAGACACCUAAGGGCGAUCAAAUCGGUUAACUCCAUAGGACGGCCAGCUGCAAUUCGUAUGCCCCCUAUCACAUUCACCGAUCAAGAUUUUCAAGGCGUCGAUCCAGUGCGAGAUGACCCCAUGGGCGUCAGUGUGGAAAUUAACAACUGUAUUGUAAGAAAAACUCUUGUCGAUCAGGGAUGCUCGGUUGACAUCUUAUACUGGAAGACUUUCGAGCAGCUCGGCAUCCCUGAACAGGAAUUGACACCUUACGAUGAACCUUUGGUGGGAUUCUCAGGUGAACGUGUGGACACAAGGGGAACAAUAGAUCUGUACACCUAUUUCGGAGACGACCAACAGGGUCGAAGGAUAAAAAUACGGUACGUUGUGGUGAGUGCUAACACGUCGUAUAAUAUCCUCUUAGGUCGACCCUCCCUGAACAGGCUGAGAGCCAUCGUCUCUACCCCCCACUUGGCAAUGAAAUUUCCGUCUGAAGAAGGCAAGAUCAUUACAUUGCAUGCCGAUCAAAAGACAGCCCGCGAAUGUUACCUGGCCAGUCUGAAGGUACAACCGACUCCGAAGACGACCAGACGCCGAGACGUCAACGUCAUUAGAGAUGUUGGUCAAUACAAGAUGGGGGGCUUAGAACUUGAUCCCAGAAUAGAGGACGAACAUAGGGUCGAGCCGACGGAAACAACAAUCUCGUUCCAGCUCGGGAAAACGGAGGAUCAAGUCACAUACCUAAGUUCCCAAUUGACAGAUGAUGAAGCGGGGGACAUUAAGCGAGUCUUACUGAGGUAUUCAGAUUUGUUCGUCUGGACAGCAGCCGAUAUGCCAGGCAUCGACCCUAGCUUCCACUGCCACCGACUCUCGGUUUGCCGAGAUGCCAAGCCAAUCGCGCAGAAAAAGAGGAAAAUGGGGGGAGAAAGAUCCCAAGCAGUAAAAGAAGAAACGACUAAACUGCUACAUGCAGGAUUCAUUAGGGAAGUCAAGUAUUCAACCUGGCUAGCCAACUUAGUGAUGGUCAAGAAGGCGAAUGGUAAGUGGCGAAUGUGCAUCGACUACACGGAUCUCAACAAAGCAUGCCCAAAGGAUGCCUACCCCCUUCCGCACAUUAACGCGUUGGUUGAUGGACCAGCCGGUCAUCACAUGUUAAGCUUCUUGGAUGCCUACUCAGGGUAUAAUCAGAUACCCAUGUACCCCCCGGACAAAGCAAAAACUGCAUUCAUCACCGAUUCGGCCAACUUUUGUUACAGGGUAAUGCCGUUCGGUUUGAGAAACGCAGGAGCGACUUACCAGCGCCUCAUGGAUAAGAUUUUCCGUCGGCAGAUUGGGACAUGUUUAGAAGUAUACGUGGACGAUAUGGUGAUCAAGUCCACUUCAGUCGGCGAUCACCUAAAAGACCUCGUCACGAUAUUUAAGGAAGUAAGGCGUCACCGCAUGCGACUAAAUCCGGCAAAAUGCACAUUUGGGGUAGCUGGCGGAAAGUUUUUGGGGUUCAUGUUGUCAAAAAGAGGUAUAGAGGCCAACCCCAACAAGUGUCAAGUUAUUAUCAACAUGAAAAGCCCUCGCAACAUAAAAGAGGUGCAAAGGUUGGCCGGACGCAUCGCUUCCUUGGCUCGUUUCUUCCCCUGCAUGGCCGAGAAGUCAAAGCCCAUAAUGUCCCUACUAAAAAAGGCUACCAAGUUUCAGUGGAACGAGGAAAGCGAGUCGGCUUUUCAAGACCUGAAGACAACACUAGCAACUCCACCAUUGCUGACCAAACCAGACCCUCGGUUGGAUAUGAUCGUAUACAUAUCGGUCUCGGACAAAGCCAUCAGCUAUGUCUUGGUGCAAGAGAAAACAGAACAAAUACCGGUAUAUUUCGUUAGCCGAAUGCUACAAGACGCCGAGACGAGAUAUCAACACCUCGAGAAAACAGUGUUAGCCCUUGUACAUAUGGCUAGACGCCUCCGACACUACUUUCAAAGCCACAAGAUACUGGUCCGAACAGACAGCCCCAUUGUCAAAGUCCUACGGAAACCCGAAUUGGCUGGAAGGAUGGUCGCUUGGUCCAUCGAAUUGUCGCAAUUUGAUAUUCAUUUUGAACCCAGAGGACCCAUCAAGGCGCAAUGUAUGGCCGAUUUCAUCAAUGAAUUCGCUCCACCAAUGACCUCCGAGCCGCAUUCCUGGACGCUACACGUAGAUGGAUCAUCCAACCAACAGGGUAGCGGCGCCGACAUCAUCUUGGAAGGACCAGGGACAAUGAUAAUAGAACAGUCACUGCGGUUUGGAUUCAAAACCUCUAAUAACCAAGCAGAAUACGAGACCCUUCUCGCAGGACUCAGGUUGGCCGCCGAUCUCGGCAUCACUGAGCUUCAAUGCUUUAGCGAUUCGCAAGUGGUAACAGAGCAAGUCAACGGCACUUUCCAGAUCAAAGAUCCGACUUUGUUAUUGUACUUUCAUGCCUUCCAGAAGCUAAAAAGCCACUUCGAAAAUGUCUGA